UUUCCUUUCAUUUUCAUAACUUGUUUUCUUCUCCUUCUUCGUCUUCAUCUUUCAAUACAUGGGUGCUUGCGCUAGUAAGCCAAAGGUCUUGAAAGAUGAAGACUCGGCCGCCGGCCUAAAACCCGUACCCGCCAAGGAGGAAUCUCUCCGGCCGGCCGCCGAGGAAGAAGUAGGGGAAAACAUGGCUAAUGAAGAUGAGGAAAUCAGACCACAUUCCCUUCGCUAUUUGCUUGACAAUGAAGAUAGGAAUGAAGAAACAAAGAAAGAAGAAGCUAUUGUUGAGGGUGAAAAGAAAGAAGGUAAAACAAUGGCAGUGGAUGAAAAGAAAGAAGCAAAGGUUGUGAUUGAACAUGUAAUGUGAGAGAGGUUCAUAAUCACAGCAUUGUUUGCUGUUGAUUUAUUUUGUUCAGGAAAUGAAGUCAAAUUGUGUUCAUUUUUCUUAUUUAAAGAGUUAUUAUUUCAC